AACAAUUGCUCUUCCUUUUAAAAUCGCCGCUAAAAUCCCUUUUUCCACGUAAAAUCGCUGUAAAAAGGGCGUGAAAUGUGCACAUUACUGUUCUAGUCCAUGCACUAGACAUAGUUGUUGUCGAUUGUUUCCAGGAACAUCGUGCCGGUGUUGUUUUGUGUGUGAAACAACCGGCGAAACCGGCGAUUGUUGGGGACCCAUUCGGUUGGUUUAAGGCGUUUAAUGCAAAAGGACUCUGGAAAACCGCUGUAAGCGGCUGCCACGGGAAGGAAGCUACACGCACAAUGCCAGUGUACGACAUCGUCGGUAUCCCGGUGGAUUUUCCUUUCGAGCCUUAUCAGGUGCAGAGGGAUUAUAUGUCGAAGCUGCUCGAGUGCCUGCAGCAAAGCACGAACGGGCUGCUGGAAUCACCCACCGGUACCGGCAAAACGCUCAGCAUUCUGUGCGCCUCGUUGGCCUGGCUGGUGCACACCCGAUCACACGAGGCAGCACGCAUGCCGUUCAAGUACGAACUGUCUGAGCCGGGCCAUUUGGGUGCGGCGUUCGAAUUCAACGCCACGAAGGCAGGGCGCACCAAAAUCAUCUAUGCGUCCCGUACCCAUUCCCAGUUGUCGCAGGCCAUGCAGGAGCUGAAGAAGAGCAACUACAACCACGUGCGGGCGAUCGUGCUCGGUUCGCGUAUACAGCUCUGCAUCCAUCCGGAGGUGCCGAAAUCCGAGAGCAAUGCCACCGUGACGUACCUGUGCAAGGAGAAGGUGGCGUCGCGGAGCUGCGUUUAUUAUCGGCGCGUGGAACAAAUGAAGGACAGCUCGGAGCUUGCCGGCACACCGAUCAUGGACAUCGAGGAUCUGGUGACGGUCGGUGGUCGUACCAAGGCGUGCCCGUUCUAUCUGUCGAAGGAGAUGGUCGAGCGGGCGGACAUUAUCUUCAUGCCGUACAACUAUCUGCUCGAUGCGAAGGCACGCAAGGCCAACAAUCUUGAGCUGCAGAACAGUGUGAUCAUCCUGGACGAGGCGCACAACGUCGAGCGGAUGUGCGAGGACUCUGGCUCGACCGUGCUCAGCUCCACCGAUAUUGCGCUCGCGAUCGAGGACGUAUCGCACGUGAUGGAAGCCAUGGGAGAGUCGGCGAGUGUGCCGGGUCUGGGCGAUACGGACGGUGAGAAGAAAGAGUUUUCGCUGCACGAUCUAUCCGUGCUGAAGCAGAAGCUGCUGGACCUCGAAAAGGCAGUGGACGACAUCGCCUUUCCGGCCGCCCAGCGGGAAGUGAGCUUCUCUGGCAGCUACGUAUUCGGUCUGCUGGCAAAAGCUAGUGUGCAUUUCAGCGAUGUGUCGGGCGUGGUGUCACUGUUCGGUGCCAUCACGGGCUACCUAACGACACUGUCGGAGCGGAACAACUUUAAGCGGCGAGGCGCCGGUUUGCAAGCAGUGAGUGACUUCCUGGAGAUUGUCUUUGCGGGACAAGGAGAGGAGUACAUCGAGGCUGUACGGCGGUGCUUCAAAGUGUACGUGGUGAGCGAGGAACCGAAACAGACGAAGCGCACCGGUGGUAAGCGUGCGGACGGCUGGAUUACCACGAAUCAACCAGCCGCACACGCCUCGAUCAAAACCAGCGCCAAGAUCGUACACUUUUGGUGUUUCAAUCCAGGGUUCGGCAUGAGGCAGCUAGCUAAUCGGGGCGUACGUAGCAUCGUGCUUACGAGUGGUACGCUCGCCCCGCUCACACCACUUAUCAACGAGCUCAACAUUCCAAUCCCGGUGACCCUGGAGAACCCACACAUCAUCGAUCCGAGCCAGGUGCUAGUUCGAGUGAUAGCGAAGGGUUCCGAUGGCCAGCUGCUCUCGUCGGUCUACAACAACCGGAACAACCCGGAUUACAUUCGCUCGCUCGGCCGCACCCUGCUCGCCGUCUGUCCCGUUAUACCGAACGGGUUGCUCGUCUUCUUUCCCUCGUACACAGUGUUGGACAAAUGCGUCGAAGGUUGGCAAUCCGGGGGCCUGUGGUCGGAGAUUAGCAACCGGAAAGCCAUCUUCGUUGAACCGCGCACUAAGGACGCUUUCAACAGCACAAUGGAGGAGUUCUAUCAGCGCAUUCAGGACAAGCAGGCAAAGGGUGCCAUUUUCCUAGCCGUCUGCCGUGGCAAAGUGUCGGAGGGGCUGGAUUUCGCCGACAUCAAUGGGCGGGCGGUACUGAUCACCGGGUUACCGUUCCCCCCGCUGCACGAUCCACGGGUCGUGCUGAAGAAGGAGUACCUAACCAGCAACCGAACGCCAGAGAAUCGUUUGAUCAAGGGUGAUGAGUGGUACGCGCUGCAGGCAUCUCGGGCAGUCAACCAGGCGAUCGGGCGCGUCAUUCGCCAUCGUAACGAUUACGGUGCGAUACUGCUGUGCGAUGCCCGGUUCCAGAACACACACCAGCAGAUGCAAUUGUCAUCGUGGGUGCGCAGCCAUCUGGUGAACGAUCCUAACCAGCGCUUCGGUACGGUGAUUAAGGACCUUGCCAAUUUCUUCCGCGUUGCCAAGAACACCGCGGCACCAGCUGCUCAGCGCGAGUUUCAAGCGAAGGAUCCUGACCUGGGGGAAAAGGCCAGCGGCAGCGAAUGUUGUUCCACCAGCAAAACUGAACUCAAACUGCCGAGUGGUGCGAAGGGCACUGUUUCCGGUGGCAAACGAUUGCCACUACAACCAUCCGUUCCUCAACUGCCCUUUUGUAUCGACGAGUAUCUGACCGUACCGCCAAACACGCAACCAUCGAAGAGCGAGACAACGGGCCGGAUGCUGGUCAAACUGGAAUCGGGCACCCAAUCGGUCGAUAUCAGCAAUCCACUAGACUACAACGAUCAACGGUUGCCCAGGCACAGCGAGACGGCAAAACGCGGCCUCGGAUCACCUUGUUCCUCUACCGUGACCGGCGAUGGUGUGGAAAGGACGUUUAAAAAACCAAAACUGGUGAUGGUACCGUCUGGGAGCAUCAAGUACGAAACCGAGAAUGAACCGUUACCAUCUACCAGCAGCUCCUCCUCCUCCUCCUCCACCACGAAAUCGGUAUUGGCCCCUGCUGACGGCACACUCGAUGACAAACCGGAAAGUAUGAAGCUGAUGAAGGCCAUCAAGUGUGCCGUCAAUCUGACGCUGUAUAAACUGUUUCUCCGUACAAUCGGCCAAUACUUUGCGGAUCACGAUUUCGCGCGUUUCUACAGAAACAUUCUCCAGUGCCUGGGUGCACCCGAACACCGCCAUCUACUUCAAGCUAUGCGCCCGUUUGUUUUGGCGGAACACCGACAACAAUUUGCCGAAGAAGUGGAAAAACUACCGUAGCCCGAUUACCGUCCGGAGGGCUGAAUGGAAGUAGAGUUUCAAUGUAAAAAGAAGUUGGAAGAGCAACACUGCUACACUGUGGAAUCUGAAAUCUGUGGUGAAAUAGCGAACGAAAUCUGUUUGAAAAGCUUCGCAUGCUGGGAGCUUGGCGAAAUUGAGAAGAAAAAACUGCCUUCAAAUAUAUAUAUCCCCUUGGUAGGGACUAUCACACGUUA